ACGGAUUGCUCAUCUCUAUUGCUGUUGCUGUCGGAGAAGAAACUAUUACAAAUUCAUACAACAUUUCUUCAAUAUCCAGGGAUGUUGACUAUAUACAAAUAAUGGCGUAUGAUUUUCAUGGACCCUGGAGUCAUGUUACAAGUUUCUCUGCACCACUUUUUUCACGAAUAUCAAAUCCCAGAUUUAACACACAACUUAGUCAAGCGUGGGCAGUAGACAGAUGGAUAUCAGGAGGGGCUCCACGUAACAAGCUGAUCAUGGGUCUUACAAGCACGGCCACAUCAUUUACACUCAGUAAUAGAACCCUAAAUGAUGUAGGAUCCCCGGUGGAUGGUCCAGGGAAAGCAGGGCCAUACCUAGCCAAUAAAGGACAUGUGACCUAUUAUAGGGUGUGUGAAAUGAUAAAGAAUAAUGCAAUUCAGCGAUGGGACUAUGAACAAAAGAUGGCAUACGCAUAUUUAGAUGACCAGUGGGUGGGGUAUGGCAACCAAACAAGUAUGAAAGAAAAAGUGAGGUUUGCUUACAGUCGAGGUAUUGCCGGUGUCAUGUUUUGGACACUUGACCAAGACGAUUUUCUCGGACAUUACUGCAAUAAGGGAGAAUACCCUCUUCUUACCGCAAUAUAUAACGCUAUAAAUGAACUAGCACCAACACAGAGUCAAUUUGUGGAUGACGUCAGCACGAGUACCACACAUUCUACAACGCCAAUAGAUUUCAGUCUUCAUCAUCGCACCAACAAAAACGGAAUAAACUUUUAUAAAAUGGUUGACAAUGGAUCAGGGAUUUUAGGAUUCAGUCAUGUGUUGCUAUUAUUUUGUUUAAAACUGUUUUUGUUGUCAUGGUUAAAUAAAUAGACUGUCAGUCAAACAGCCAAAUAAGGUA